AUGCCACCCGUACUGCUGUGCACCGACUUCGAUGAUACCAUUACUCAACGCGACACAACGUCGCUGCUCUUCCAGUUGGCGUCUUGCUCCAAGUCAACUGAGCAGCAACUGGUUGCGCAGUACGUAACCGAGCUGGAAGAGCUGCUCAAGAGCUACGACAGCUCAUGGGGACAACAAGGACGCGUGAGUAAGUUUGACCGUGCCGGGCUGCGCGAUUUCCUGGAGGGUUACGCAGCUGUGGACCUGCGUUCGACGCAGCGGGUGGUUGAGUGUCGGGCACUUCAAGGCAUUCGACGGUCGGACAUUGUCGCGGCGGCCAGCACCGUCCAGCUCCGAGCGAAUUGUGCCGAGACGCUGGCGGCUGUGGAGCAGUGGGAGGUGCUUUCCGCCAAUUGGAGCACGGAGCUGGUGGUCUCUGUACUACAACAAGCAGAGAUUGCGACCUCCUCGUCACAGAUCAUCGCGAAUGGUGAGGAGAUCCAAUGUUCCAUGCGUUUAAAGUGA